AACCUCCUAAACAGAGAAGAAGUAACCGUAGUCAUGGUUAGCUGAAAGCUUUGAGUCGGCAAACGUGAAUUUUUGUUUGAUGUGCAUUAUUCUGGCCAACAACGAUCAGUUGGAUGAGACUAGAUAGACAUAAUAUUAAAGGUAAAGAAAUGUCAUCUGUUUAACCUGCUUGAAUUUGAGCUCGCAAGUCAAGAUGAAUCGCCCAAAACCUACAACUCUGAGGCGCCCCAGUGCUGCUAAACCAUCAGGCCACCCACCACCUGGGGAUUUCAUUGCUCUUGGAUCAAAGACCCAGGGUGGAGAGCCCAAAGCCCCUGCUGUCCUCCUGAAGCCAGCAUCUUCAGGUUUACCUGCUGAUCGUAAGAGAGAGACUUCUUCCACCCUACCUUCCUCAUCGGGUCUGUCCAGCCUCACCAAACGGCCCAAACUCUCAACCACUCCUCCUGUCAGUGCUCUGGGACGACUCGCUGAUGUAGCAGCUGUGGACAAGAGGGCGAUAUCACCCUCAAUAAAGGAGCCAUCGGUGGUACCUAUUGAAGUGUCACCUGCAGUGUUGCUGGAUGAGAUUGAAGCUGCAGAGUCAGAAGGAAAUGAUGAUCGUAUUGAGGGACUGCUGUGUGGAGCAGUGAAGCAGCUCAAGAUGAACCGAGCCAAGCCCGACAUCACUCUGUACCUCAGUCUCAUGUUCCUGGCCAAAAUCAAGCCAAACGUGUUUGCAACAGAAGGAAUUAUUGAGGCAUUGUGCAGCCUCCUGCGUCGAGAUGCUUCAAUCAACUUUAAAGCGAAGGGGAACAGCCUUGUGUCUGUUCUCGCAUGUAAUCUGCUGAUGGCAGCUUAUGAGGAAGACGAGAACUGGCCAGAGAUCUUUGUAAAAGUGUACAUUGAGGACUCCCUGGGAGAAAGAAUCUGGGUGGACAGUUCUCACUGUAAGAAUUUUGUGGACAACAUCCAGACUGCAUUUGGGACGAAGAUGCCCCCUAAGAGUAUGCUGCUGCAGGCUGACACUGGCCGCCCCGGUGGAGAUCUCAGUGCAGGAAGCAGCCCCCACCCCUCAACCCCUGAUGAGGACGACAGCCAGACUGAAUUGCUGAUAGCAGAAGAGAAACUCAGCCCAGAGGAUGAAGGACAAGUUAUGCCUAGGUAUGAUGAACUGGCAGAGAGUGUGGAGGACUAUGUGCUGGAUGUCCUCAGGGAUCAGCUGAACCGCAGGCAGCCAAUGGACAAUGUGUCCCGAAACUUACUGCGUCUGCUCACGGCUACAUGUGGCUACAAAGAAGCGAGGCUUAUGGCAGUGCAGAGGCUUGAGAUGUGGCUCCAGAAUCCAAAGCUGACUCGGCCUGCUCAGGACCUCCUCAUGUCUUUGUGUAUGAACUGCAACACUCAUGGAGCAGAUGAUAUGGAGGUGAUAUCCAACCUGAUCAAGAUCCGGCUCAAGCCUAAAGUUCUCCUCAACCACUACAUGCUGUGUGUCAGAGAGCUGCUUAAUGCACACAGAGACAACCUGGGCACUAUGGUGAAGCUGGUGAUCUUUAAUGAGCUGUCAAAUGCAAGGAAUCCGAACAACAUGCAGGUCCUGCACACAGUGCUGCAGCACUGCCCUGAACAAGCCCCCAAGUUCUUGGCCAUGGUGUUCCAGGACUUGCUGACCAACAAGGAUGAUUACCUCCGUGCCUCUAGAGCAUUACUGAGAGAAAUCAUCAAACAGACCAAACAUGAGAUCAACUUCCAGUCCUUCUGCUUUGGUUUGAUGCAAGAGAGAAAGGAGGCCACAUAUGUGGACAUGGAGUUCAAAGAGCGUUUUGUCAUCCAGGUGACAGAUUUACUGACUGUGUCAAUGAUGCUGGGUAUCACUGCCCAGGUCAAAGAAGCAGGCAUUGCUUGGGACAAAGGGGAGAAGAAAAAUUUGGAGGUCUUGAGGUCGUUUCAGAAUCAGAUAGCAGCCAUCCAAAGAGACGCUGUAUGGUGGCUUCACACCGUGGUUCCUACAAUCAGCAAAGUUGGAGCAAAAGAUUAUGUUCACUGUCUUCACAAAGUGCUCUUUACAGAGCAACCUGAGACGUACUACAAGUGGGACAACUGGCCUCCAGAGAGUGACAGAAAUUUCUUCCUCCGCCUCUGCUCUGAGGUGCCUCUGCUGGAGGACACACUGAUGCGUAUUUUAGUGAUCGGGCUGUCUCGUGAUUUGCCCCUGGGCCCAGCUGAUGCCAUGGAACUGGCAGAUCACCUGGUUAAGAGAGCUGCUGGAGUCCAGUCUGAUGAUCUUGAAGUCCUGAAAGUAGAGAGGAUCCAGCUCAUAGAUGCCGUACUGAAUCUGUGUACUUACCACCACCCAGAGAACAUUCAGCUGCCUGCAGGGUACCAACCACCAAAUUUGGCCAUAUCUACUCUGUAUUGGAAGGCCUGGCUACUGCUGCUUGUCGUGGCUGCAUUUAAUCCUCAGAAAAUAGGUCUAACUGCCUGGGAUGGCUACCCUACUCUUAAAAUGCUCAUGGAGAUGGUUAUGACAAAUAACUACACCUACCCACCAUGCACCAUUGCGGAUGAGGAAACAAAGACAGAGAUGAUCAACAGGGAGCUGCAGAUCUCCCAGAGAGAGAAACAGGAGAUCCUGGCCUUUGAGAGCCACCUGGCUGCAGCAUCCACCAAACAGACCAUCACAGAGAGCAACAGCUUGCUGCUGUCUCAGCUCACCAGUCUGGAUCCACAGGGUCCACCUCGUCGACCUCCUCCUCAGGUUCAGGAACAGGUGAAAAGCCUAAACCAGUCUCUGCGUCUGGGUCACCUCCUCUGCCGAAGCCGCAAUCCUGACUUCCUCCUCAACAUCAUCCAGCGACAGGCUUCUUCUCAGUCCAUGCCGUGGUUGGCUGAUCUGGUCCAGUCCAGCGAGGGGUCCUUGGAUGUGCUUCCAGUGCAGUGCCUGUGUGAAUUCCUUUUACAUGAUGCUGCUGAUGACAGUUUGCCAAUAGAUGAUGACGAGGAGGGAGAGAGCAAAGAGCAGAAAGCCAAGAAGAGACAGAGACAACAAAAACAAAGGCAGUUACUCGGGCGCCUCCAGGAUCUGCUUUUGGGUCCUAAAGCUGAUGAACAGACAACAUGUGAAGUGCUGGACUACUUUCUGCGUCGUCUCAGCUCCUCACAGGUGGCAUCCAGAGUCCUUGCUAUGAAGGGUUUAUCUUUAGUGCUGAUUGAAGGAGGCUUAAAAGAUGGAGAGGAGCGGGACCAGCCCAUGGAAGAAGACUCUGCAGAUGCUGAGCUCUUGCCAGGAUAUCAGUGGCUCCUACAAGACCUGCCAAAGCUCCCGUUAUUUGACAGCGUCAGAGGCAUGACAUCCACAGCUCUGCAGCAGGCUAUCCACAUGGAGACAGACCCACAGACGAUUAGCGCAUAUCUCAUCUACCUUUCCCAGCAUGCACCAGUGGAGGAGCAGGCUGCUCAUAAUGACCUUGCUCUGGACGUUGCCAGACUCAUCGUGGAGCGCUCCACCAUCAUGAACAGCCUCUUCUCCAAACACUCCUGCAGGCCUGAGUCUGACGCUGUGCUCAGUGCUUUCCUCUCCAUUUUCUCGAAUUACAUCAAGAGAAUGAGGAAGACCAAAGAGGGAGAGGACCUCUACAGCUGGUCAGAAUCUCAGGACCAGGUGUUUCUACGCUGGACCACAGGAGAGACUGCUACAAUGCACAUACUUGUAGUCCACGCCAUGGUUAUUCUGCUGACUCUAGGACCUCCCAAGGGAGAGAGUGAUUUCUACAUUCUUUUGGACAUUUGGUUUCCUGACAAGAAACCUCUACCCACCGCCUUCCUGGUAGACACAUCUGAAGAGGCCCUCCUGCUGCCUGAUUGGUUGAAAUUGAGGAUGAUCCGAUCAGAGGUUUCCAGAUUGGUUGAUGCAGCUCUGCAUGACCUGGAGCCUCAGCAGCUGCUGCUGUUUGUCCAGUCCUUUGGCAUUCCUGUAUCAAGCAUGAGCAAACUCCUGCAGUACCUGGACCAGGCGGUCUCCCAUGAUCCACAGUCGCUGGAGCAGAACAUCAUGGACAAGCACUACAUGGCCCACCUGGUUGAAGUGCAGCAUGAGCGAGGGGCCACUGGGGGGCACACUUUUCAUGCAUUACUGAGCUCAUCUCUUCCUCCUGACAGAGAUUCUACAGAAACAAGUAAGGCCAAAGUAACUGUGGAAACACCACACAGCUCUGUGAAGAUGAGAGCAGCCACACAGCUUCCCACAGUUGGGCCUGAUGAUGAUCUAACUGGCAUGUUGCUUCAGAUAUUCCCCUUGAAGGUGGACCCCCGCUGGCACGGCCCCCCUCCCAGCCAGCUCUCUCUGGCCCUGCAGCAGGCCCUGGCUAAAGAGCUGAUGCGGGCGAAGCAGGGACAGAUUCAACAAGCUGGGUUGGCUUUCCGGCUCCUGCAGGCCAUUGCAGCUUUGCUCACAUCUGCUCAUGCAGGGCCCAUAAUCAUGUCCAUGCACCGCAGCCACGCCCUGUCCUGUCCUCUCAUGCGGCAGCUGCACCUCUAUCAGCGCUUGGUAUCCCAGGACAUUGCUUUCUCCUCACUCUUCCUCAAAGUCAUUGUAGAGAUGUUAAUCUGGUUAGAUAACCCAACCGUUGAGGCAGGACCUUUGAAGACUUUGCUCAAAACCUUUGCUGGUCAGAACUCUCACAAACACAGGCACACUGAUGUGCGCACUGGUUUCCUCCACCUGGCUGAGGCAUUGGCUUACCGCAGAGACACUGAAGUGCCACUCAGAGCUGUUAUUGCAAUGCUGAAAGCUGGAGACAGAUGUAACGCAGAGGCAGAGCUCAUUGGAAAAGUGUUACAGGGUCUGAUGGAAGUGAGGUCUCCGUAUCUCGAGGAGCUACUGUCUCUGUUGAUGACUGUUGCUACACAAAAUGGGACAGCAGGCCCUGUUGCCACGGUGAUUUCCCUGCUGCUUCAGGAAAGCGAGGAGCGAGCUGUGAAAAAGGAAGCUGAUUCUAACAAUUCUGAGGUUACAAAGUCAGGACUGAGCUCUGGUCUGCUGGUCGACUGGCUGGAGCAUCUCGACCCCGAGGUCACCUCUGUGUGUCCAGACCUUCAACAGAAACUUCUGUUUGCUCUCAACAAGGCACGAGGGACCCCUGCAUACAGACCUUAUCUACUGGCAUUGCUUACACAUCAGUCAAACUGGUCCACACUCCUGCAGUGUAUCAGUGGUCUUCUCAGCAAACGCAGAGACUACAAACUCGACCCCUCUUCUGCUCUGGAUUUCCUGUGGGCAUGCAGCCACAUCCCGCGUAUCUGGCAAGGACGUGACCAGAAGAUCCCCCAGAAAAAAACAGAAAAGUUUGUGCUGCGACUGAGUUCAGAGGAGCUCAUCAGCCUGGUAGACUUGAUUUUGUCGGAAUCAGAGCUCCACAGUCGGGACUCACCCCACAAUGACAAAAGCAGCCUGGACCAGACCUCCUGCUCUCUCAUCCAGUCCAGACUGCCCCUCCUUCACUCCUACUGCAGCGGGGAGCUAGAAAACAUCAAGAAAGUGUCAGAGUACCUCAUCAACUGCACAAAGAAAUGGGAGGACAGUGCGAUGAGUAAGCGGUGCCAGAACUUGCUGCUACAGAUCUAUCUGCACUUCCCAGAGGUCAUCCAGCACGUUACACUGCCCGAAGGCACCUUCAGCAGUGGGGGGGCUGCAUACGGCAGCAGCUGCAAGCUCGAUGUCUUGGUGCAUCGCUUGGUCACUCUCCUGGCUGACAUAGGAGACUCAAAGUCUGCUGAGAACCGCGCAUCUGAUGCCAACCUUGCAUGCAGAAAGCUGGCUGUGUCACACCCUGUUCUUCUGCUCAGACACCUCCCUAUGAUCGCAGGUCUCUUACACAGUCGCAUUCACCUCAACAUACACGAGUUUCGACAACAAAACCACAUGACGUUCUUCAGUAAUGUCCUGGCCAUCCUGGAGCUGCUGCAGCCACUUGUUUUCCACAGCGACCACCAGAGGGCGCUUCAAGACUGUCUUCUAUCCUUCAUGAAAGUCCUUCAGAACUUUCAGAGGUCUCGUUCUCCGUUGGUCUUCAUCAACAAGUUUUUGCAGUUCACACAGAGGUACAUCACCCAUGAUGCAGCAGCCGCCAUUCCCUAUUUACAGAAGCACUCCGGCAUCUUGCAGACUUUGUGUGCAGAAAACCCAGACCUGGUCCAGCUUAAAUCUCUGCUGGCUGGACUCACUUUGCCUGUGAAAAGCUCAUCUGCAGAGGUUGCACUAGAAGAGGGAGAUGACGACAUGGCCACUGGUUCCCUGCCCCUCGUCAACAUAUCUGCCUCAGUUUCCCUGAGUGCGGCUGACAUGACAACGUACCUGAAAAAGAUGUCGAGAGGAGAGGCAGUCGAGGAUGUGUUGGAGGUGUUGACAGAGGUGGAUGAGAAGUCGAGGAGGAGCCCGGAGAUCAUCCAGUACUUCAUAAACGAUCUGCAGAGACUCAUGGCUUCUUCUGAGGACUUGUGUCGGAAUAUGGCCUUCAGUCUGGCCCUCCGCUGCAUCCAGAAUAAUCCCUGCCUAGCAACUGACUUCCUGCCAACUUUCAUGUACUGCAUGGGCAGCGGUAACUUCGAUGUGGUACAAACAGCUCUCAGGAAUCUUCCUGAAUACGUGCUUCUCUGUCAAGAACACGCAGACAUCCUGCUCCACAAAGCAUUUUUAGUCGGCAUCUACGGACAAAUCGACACCAGCUCAAUGAUCUCAGAGUCCAUGAAAGUCCUUCACAUGGAAGCAACAACAUAACUUCAACAACAUCUGAUUGAAAACGGUGUCCUUAAUUUUCAGCAUUCCAGAGCUAGAUUAUUAUUUUUCUAUUGUCUUUAGUUCACAGAUUGCUCUAAUUUGAUUGUGGCAGAUUAAGGAGCGCCAUGUCUCUUCAGUGCAGCAGAUCAAAGGGUCCUGGAGUGAGCUGUUAGCCUCCAGUAAUGUAAUAACAUCUGGAUAAUUUAGCGACUUCAAAGAAUGCAUUCAAACUCCCUCUAAUUGAGUUGAAAAUGUAAUAAUUAAAAGCGUAAAAUUGCUUAUAUUGUAUUAAUUCCACAAUUAGUGAAUUUAUUACUACUCAAGUGUUGUAAGUCAUUUAAACUGAUGGUGUAAUAAAACAAAAUAAUGAGCAGAGAUAACAGGGAAUAUUAAGAAAGGAUAAUUUAUAAUCUGUUAAAUAAUAAAUGGUAUGAGUCAUAAUAAACAAUAGUUUUAGAUGAGCUCUUAAUACAUUUUAUCAUCUCAGUUUUCCAGAUACAUAUUUAUGUCAUUUUUUCCAAUGUCUCAUUUAAUUUGAAGUGAACAUUUAAAUUAUUGCAUUUUCAUUCAUCCUAGAGGGAGUUUUUUUUCACUGCUGUUAUUUACAGAUUACUAUUACUGAGCUUAUUACAAACAUGGGAAAAUGGCAAGAAGAUGUCUAAAUUUUAAAAUUAGUUUCAACAAGGAUGCCCACAUAAUUUUGUAAUUAAAUAUGGAGUAUUUUUAGAAAUCUAAAACAGAUUGUGUGGUAGCAAUUGUGUUGUAAUUUUCUUCUGUAUUUCAAGUGUCCAGACUCAAAAAACAACAACCAGGAAUGCCCCAGCCUUGAACUUUGUAUCACUAAACAAAAGGGUGUCAUUAAACUUUCAAAGCAGAGAAUGAUUAAGUGUGUUGUUUUCUGGCUACAUUAUUUAAUGAAAUUAUUUAAAUAGCCAUAAAGAACCUGCUGUUUGUUGUAACAAGGGCUGU